AUGAACCCGGUCGCGAAGAAAGCCAAGCCGAACAGCAACGCCAGCAGCAAGAGCACGCGGAAGGCGUCGGAUGCGCCCGCCGGCGACGGCCGGCAGCCAACGCUCGAGGAGUCGAUCACGACGCAGCUCAAGAACCGCAUGCUCGCCUCGGGCGAAUGGCUCCGGUUGCAGAAGGCCGUGAUGGCCAAGUUGCGCGGCUCGGAGUGGGAGGAAAGCUUGCGGUGCGAAGCCGAAGGACGGGCGCUGCAGAAGGACGGGCCGACGCUGGCCAACCUGGUCGCCCAUCUGCGCCCGAUCGCCCACAACACGAUCCCCGCGGACGUCAAGCAGGAAAUCAGCGCCUGCAUAUCCGCAUUCAUCAAGGCUAACGAAAGCGACGAGACCCAUAGCAACCAUACAUCUAAUGCCCACAACAUUACGACUUACAGUAAGACCCAGGACUGUCCAAGCCUCUUAAGCUUUAACGACAACAAUGACGACGAAAUGGAUACAUUGCUGGAUGAGAGAAAGAACGAGACGAAGACAUUUGCGGAGAUUAUGACACUUGCUGGCCGUAGCGUCGAGAAAAAAACAAAUAAGAUUAGAUGA